AUGAGCGUUGCAAAUUCGCCCGGCCAUUUGGGCCCGAGUCACACGAGCCACAUCCCAUUGUCGGAAUCACAAUCACAAUCACAACUUCAGGAAGAAUUACAAGAGCAACCAGGUACCAUAUCAGACACACUCGACGACGAUGAGGAUUCCGCCUUUGAGGAUCAGGACGGUGCUCAGGCAGCUCUCCAGCCCGCAAUCAGCUCUGCCGCCAGUCACCUCACUUCGUGCCAAACGCCUGCGGUGGAAAAGGCUGCAGUACUAGAGGCAGCUCCUGGCGGCGGCCUCUUUGACAGUGCCAUUGCGGAGGCCGAGGGCGAAGACGAUGAGCAAGGCCCUCCGGAGCCUCUCCAACCCGUCGCGGUGCUCCCCGCAGCCCAAGCUGCUCCGUCGACAAGACCCAACCUCAAUCUGGGUCGUCUCCCCAGCACCCAAGGCCAUGGAGCGCACGCGCUUCCCUCGCCUUGGGUCUCAGGCCCAAAGGGCUUCAUCGUCGACGACAAGGCCGGGCGUUCCAGCCAGACACGCGGUGUUCUCAGCUCUGCAUUUGGUCCGACUCGCCAGCGUCGCUCCAGAUCCGCGGGUCAGGAAGCUCUCAAAAGGCUGUCCAAGGCCUUUCCGUCAAUUAAUAUGCCUACGCACCUUUUGCCAUCGCUCCCCUCUUCCUUCUUUUCCAGCUUCACGGGCGAUCACAAGCCUGGUCAUGCCAGCAUCUCUCGGUCUGCGACCACUCGUUCCCCGCCUUCUACGACGGCCUUGCACCAGUCGAAGCAACCGCAGGGCAACCGCAUGAAUUCCCAAAUUGAACGCCCUAUGUUGACCGGUACACAAACUCCUCCACCGGCACAGUCACGGCCACCCGUGCUCCGAAAGGUCACAUCAGACGACAGUAUUCUGUACCACAGCCUAUCACGCGCUUCAUCGCUAGGCGACGACGAUCGUUUCCAGGAUGUGCGUGAAAUGGUUAACAUUCGCUUCAUGGCUAUCAGAGACAGCCUGCCCGACGUGCCAAAUUUCAGAAUGCCCAGCUUGCCUAAGCUGAACGCAGGAUCCCGCAUGUCAUCCAUCUCGCUCAAUGGAUUCUUUGCCAGCUCGACUGACGACACAUCUGGAUCCCGCCAAGCUACCGUCGACCGAGCUGCAGCCGCCGGAAACAUGCAGACCCCAGAAACCAAGGGCGUCCCAUUGAAUCCGUUAGACCGCGUGCUGAACGAGCUAGAGGGAGACAUUGUCGUUCUCGGCGGGUAUCGUGGCUCCGUCUUGCGAUCCGCAGAUCCACCCCAUCAGCAGCUCUGGGCACCUGUCAAACUGGGCUUUAACCUGCGCAAGGCCAACCUCGAGGUCGGGCUUGAGGAUGAGGACGAAGCGACCAUGGAGGAUCGCAUCAUUCCGUCCGGGAUGCUCAAGCAUAUUGGCCCCGUCGACAUAUCUCGCAAACUCUUCAAGCGCUUGCGUUCCUGUGCCAAUGCCCGCAACGGCAAGCUGCGAGUCUGGGACUACGGUUACGACUGGCGGCUCAGCCCAGCUUUGUCUGCGCACAAGUUGCGCAAGUUCCUUGCAGGGUUGCCCUCGAAUCAGCCUGGAGUGGCCAGAGACUCACGCGGCGCCAUUGUCAUUGCGCACAGCCUGGGCGGUCUGAUUACCAGGCACGUUGUGAAUCAGCAGCCGGACCUGUUUGCCGGAGUCCUGUACGCCGGCGUGCCACAGCGAUGCAUAAACAUCCUCGGACCUUUUCGAAAUGGCGACGCGGUGUUAUUCAACGAGAAGUUGUUGACGGCGCAGGUCAACUUCUCCAUCCGCACAUCUUUCGUAUUGCUUCCCGAUGACGGCUUCUGUUUCGUUGACAAGGAAACCGGAGAGGAGUACCCGGUUGACUUCUUCGAUGCAGACGACUGGAUAAAGUGGCGCUUGAGCCCCUGCGUGGCCACGGCCCUCCCAGCAUAUAAUAGGGACAAGCAGCAGGCAGCCUCACCUCUUUCCUCGCUCUUCCCAAAUUCAUUGUUGAAUAGCGGCCGGUUUGACAAGAAGCUCGAUGGCGCGGAGACCGGCGAUGUCAACGAGAAACGGCCAGGACAGGGGAUCAUGGAUGUGGCUCUUGGAGGCAAGGAUCGGGCCAUUGCGCCCCAGCUCAACGCAGAGGCACCAGGAACUGGCUCCGCCGCACCGCUUCCGCCGUCUCCGCCGCCGUCUCCGCCGGCGCCGGAGCGCGAGCGCUACGUGUCCUACCUCCGCCGCACCCUCGCAGCCACUAAGAAGUUCCGCUCCGAGCUGGCACACACGUCGGCUUAUGAAUCUGCCAACGCAUAUCCGCCCCAUGCGGUGCUCUACGGCAAGACCAUCCCAACGGUGUACGCGGCACAGGUGAGCGGGCGGGCUGCCAUUCCUUGCGCUGACGCCUACGAUAACCUCUUGUUUCGUGCGGGUGAUGGCGUUGUUCUCGCGCGCGAGGCAAUGUUGCCGCAGGGGUACGCCCUCGUCCGCGGCGGUAGGGUGAGCACCGAGCGCGGCCAUCUCACCAUGCUCGGCGAUCUGCCGGCCGUCGGGCGCGCGUUGGAGGCUCUGGUGAGGGGUAGGAGGAAAGGCAUCGGGCUGGGGACAGGGGAGACGGACGACAGCACAUAG